AUCUUGCGUGGGUGACUGUGUUGGCACAGAGUGCCCGGUGUGCCACAUGCCAGCCUGGGUGCAAGAUGUGCAGAUAAACCGGCAACUAGAUAACAUGAUUCAGCUUUGCAGCAAACUGCGGCAUCUACUGGGUGCAGACACCUCAGAUUCAACGGAACAUACGUCCACACCAACUGACUCAGACUGCAUAAAAAAGAAUAAGAAGGAACAGAUAAAAAUGUGGUUCAGCCCAAGAAGUAGGAAGUUUCGAUGUGUCCUGAACAGGAGUCGGACUGAGACUAAAAGUGAUGACCUUUGUCAAGACACAUCUUCAGUCUAUGAUUUCUUUCCUUCCCCUCCUCAUGAAAAACCCUCCAAGCAGAUCAAAAAGCCAACACAGAGUAAGAAGAUGAAGAAGAAACAUCUAGCAGACAUUAACAAAGUGUGGAGCUUAGAGAAGCCUGAGCAGAAAGGAGAUGUUGAGAAGACUCCUAAGGAAAAGUGUGUGACCAUCUGCAGUCAACCAGUAGUCCUCUGCACUCCGGAGCCAAACAGCCCUGAAGAGUCACUUCAGAAGGAGGCAAAAAAUCAGCAGGAGUCUGUAAAGGAAGCUGACUCCAGCAAAAAUGCGGAAAAUGAGGAAAUGUCAGCACAAGUGAAAACCUCAGAGAAGAAAGAUAGCAAUGAGGUUGUGUGCCCUGCACAAGUCAGCAAGGAAAAGAAUUGUGCUACAGAGACAUCACUGCCAAUAGAAAAUGAAACUACACCUUUAAAACGUGGAAGGGAGCAAUCCAGUCUUCCAGUUACUUCUCAGUCCAAAAGAGCAAGAAGAACUGAGAGGAGCAUUAUUGGGAAGUCAGGCAGCCAGGAGUUACCUCAGGGUUGCCCCAUCUCCCCAGCAACUGAACACAAGACACCAGUUCAGAUUUCUUCCUCUGUAUCGAAACCCACUGACACCGUAAUGAAGACAAGAAGCUCUGCAGUCUUCCAAGCAAUAAAUAGUCCUUCGCUUUCAAAAUCUCCCUCUACCCCAUCUACUUCUAAGACUUGUAAUCAAGUAGGAAUACCCCACAGUCUUUCUGUGUUGAAGUCCCCUGGUGGUAACACAAUUGCCAGAAGAAAUUACAAAGGAGAGACUUUGCUCCAUGUUGCUUCCAUCAAGGGUGACUUAGCAGCUGUUGAACAGCUGCUGAAAAAUGGGGCAGAUCCCAAUGUCAAAGAUAAUGCUGGCUGGACACCGCUG